ACAGGGAAUUUCUGGGAGGCUUUUUAGGGCUGAAUCUUGGUGUUUGGGAGGUUUUUCUGGAGCCCCGAUGGCCGGUGACUUGUAGAGAUGGACUUGGGCAGAAAGACCUUCAAACUCAAUGUGCUCAUCCCUAGUUUUCCCCAAACCAAGAUUUCCCAUUGCCAGUUCUUGUGAGGCUGUGAGGAAGAGGAAGAUGUCCCUGGACACUGAGGCAGAGCAGGAGCUGAGCAUGGAGAGCAGGGAGGACAAAUCCCCGCGGCAGAAGCUGGUGGCAGAGGCCGUUUUGAGCGGCUCCACGGCGCAGGAACCCAACGGGGAGGAAAAGCCCCGGAGAUGCCUCACGAGGAGGGGCUGCAAACGCAGAUGGCGGGGAUCUGAGGGGGAAAGAGCCAGCCUGGGCUGGGAAGGCGGCCGGAGAUGGAGCCAGAGCUCGGAGCUGGUGGUCCAUGAGGAGGUUCCUGAUGGGGAGAAGCCCCACAAGUGCGAGGAGUGUGGGAAGAGCUUCAGGUGGAGCUCCCACCUGAUCAUCCACCAGAGGAGCCACACUGGAGAACGGCCCUACGAGUGUGAUCAGUGCAGGAAGAGGUUUCAGAGCAGCUCAAAUCUCCUCAGGCACCGGCGCAUCCACACUGGGGAGAGGCCCCACGAGUGUGAGGAAUGUGGGAAGAGCUUCAGCCGGAGCUCCCACCUGAUCCAGCACCAGAGGACCCACACUGGGGAACGGCCCUACGAGUGUGAGGAGUGUGGGAAGAGCUUCAGUCAGCAUUCCAACCUGAUCAUGCACCAAAAGAUCCACUCUGGGGAGAGGCCCUACGAGUGUUCCAGGUGUGGGAAGGGGUUUCGGAUCCGCUCCCAUCUUUUCCGGCACUAUCAGAGUCACACAGAGGAGAGGCCCUUCUGCUGCCCCGACUGCGGGAAGGGAUUCAGGCACAACUCCACCCUCGUCACCCACCGGCGCAUCCACACUGGGGAGAGGCCCUACGAGUGUCCCCAGUGUGGGAAGAGCUUCUCCAGCAGCUCUCACUUGACCCAACACCAACGGAGGCACCGGUGAGGGAAGCCCUGCGAGUGCCCCGAGUGCGGGAA